AUGCACUGAUAAGAUAACGGAAGUCAGUCCUGUAUUUAUCAAUACGAUACCAUUGCAUGUUUAAUUUCAGCCAUGGUUUAUCUUUAGUUUUAUUCAGAUCAGUUAAAUGAUAACAUAUUUGGGAGAUUUAAUUCUUGUGUGUGUGUUGCACUUUAUCUUUAAUAGUAUUUUCUUUUCAUGACUGAAGUGUUUGCAAAUCCUGCCCACUAUAUCUCAUUGAAAUUGAACUUUAAGUCGUACAAAGUGAAACUUUAGUAUAUAUUGUUUUAUGUUUAUAGUUACAAUACAUGUAUGGAUACUAGAUAUUAAGUGAUGAUUUUCGUUGAAGUGUUAUUUCAAGACUAGUGUACAAGAGGUCACUUUGGGCUAUAUGCAUACCACCUCUCAAGUGUUGCAGGACUACGACCAGUCAAAUAUGAUGCGGGGCAAGCAACUUUUAAUGGUUUUAGGGCUUGCAAUGGUGUGCACAGUUUUAUAUAUGACUGUCAGGAAGGAUUAUCCGGAAUCAGAACAAUUAUCAGACGAUGCUUUGGAGAGAAUUAAUCAUAUUGUAUCAAAAAGUCAGAAAUUUAAUUCACAAAUAACACAAACAACCUCGGCUAAAAAAAUGUCCACGAAAAGUAAAAGUAAUAUUGUGAUAGAGGGAGAAAAUGAUUUGUUGGUCAUUGCAAAAAGAAUAAGUGGUUACAAUAGAACAGUUCUUGUUACGAUGGUUAACGAUGCUUAUUUAAAGUUUACAUAUAGCUGGCUGUGUAAUACAAAAAAUAUGGGAAUUCACAAAUCCGUCCUGAUCAUCACAACGGACCAAGUGUCCAAGGAGAAUCUCACGCGGGAUUGGCCCGAAAUAAGUGUUGUAGCGAUGAAUAUGAAGUUACAGGGCGACCAGACGUACAGUAAGGUGGGAUACGUUAAAAUCAUGAUUAAGAGAACCGAAAUGAUUCUUUCAUUACUUAUGGCAAAUAUAGAAGUGUUCCUUUUUGAAGUAGAUUGUUUAUGGUUAUCAAACCCUGUGCCAGAUUUACAGAAAAUGACAGGUUACGAUGUACUAGUCAACCCUGUAGCUAGAACAAACAAUAGUGUGUUUGCGGGGGGAUUUCUGUGGCUAUAUGUUACAGACAAGGCAAAGGCUUUGUGGAAAAAACUUACAGAAGAGAUGAUCGCACUUGGGGAGCGAAUUAGCAAAAAGGCGGACACCGCAGCAGUUUCUGAAGGGGAAAAUGAUCAACAAUUCUUCUCAAGAUUGAUCAGAGAAAAGUAUAAGAACGUGAGCUACAAGAUUUUACCGUUGGAUAUUUAUGCUGAUGGACAGUGGUAUAACUUACCAGAAAACAAACGAAAGGAGUCUCGUCCUGUCAUAAUCAAUAAUAACUGGGUUUUAGGUAACGAUGCAAAGAUAAGCCGUGCCAAGAAAUGGAAACACUGGUUUAUAGAUGAUAACCUCAAAUGUGAUAUGGAUCUAGUCUCAAAGACAGUCUAUAAAUAAAGAUGGUAGAUGGUGAACAACUUCCACUCAUAUCACAUUCCAGUUAAAGUACAUUUGCACAUGUUGCUUAUGUGUCAAAAGUGAAUCUAGUCGAAACAUAUAGCAUUAACUGUUUGAAGUUCACUCCUUGUAACAUUCCAAGAACAAAUAUUUGAGUUUAUUACAUAAACCACGGCGCAGGAAUGUAAUAAACCCAUUAAAUAAAAAUGGUAUUACACUAGUGUAAUAACACUUUAACAUGACAUCAUUUGCGUUAUAUACAGUUAGAGCCAUAAAAAAUUGAUUUUUUUUUAACUGUUAACCAUUUUUAUAUUGCAUAUUUGAUAAAUAGAAUAUUGUAUUUGUGUACACUCAUUACUAAGUUUAUUGAACUUGUUAAAUAAAACAAUAUUAUGCUCGCCAGAGGCUCGCAUGAUAUGAUUUUAUUCAGCUUGUUCAAUAAAUUUUGUAUUAAAUCUGCACUCAUUCAAUACCCCUCUAUAAUAUGUUAUAUAAAAGUGAACAAUUUAGUGUUAUACAAAGGAAUAUUUGGAGGAAUUUGAAACAAAUGUCAUGUAACAUUCCACUUCAUAAGAUAUUGGACAAAAUUCUUGUGACAUUCCAAAUUGCCAAAUUAUUUUAACAUUCCAAUGAACAUUUAUUGUUAUAUAUUUUUUUCACAUUGAUGUAUCUAAAUUCCACUAGUUUGAUUUUUGUGACAUUCCAAAAAAAAAUUUUUUGGACAUUUUAUUUCACUGCAUUAAGUGAUUCCAUAUUGAAUAAGGGGAUAUGCUACCAGUUUGAUGGUUGUUUGUGACAUUCUGAAAAUUUACUUUGUAACAGGAUAAUAUUCCAUUGGCUUGAUAAUUGUGACAUUCUGAUAAGUACUUUAACAGUUAACAGGUAAUGUUUCAUUGACUGUAACAUUCUGAUUAAUUGAAUUUUAAACAGUAUAAUAUAUAUUAAUGGCUACAUUGUGAAAUUCCAAUGAAUUUGUAUUUUAACAAAAAAUAUUCCAUUAACUUGAAUGUGACAUUCCAAUUCUAAUGAAUUGUUUUUUUAUUUAAAAAAAAAUCCAGAGGCUUAAGUAUGAUAUUCCAAUGUAUUGUAGAUUUUUAACAGGAAAAUAUCAUACAGGGCACUUGGUAGUUAUGUUGGAUGAAUUUAUAUUUUUUUAACAGUACAAUGUUUAUACAUGUAAAAUUAUAUCUUUAUUUCCCGAGAGGGUCUUCCACCAAAGCUUUUUAAGGCCAAGUAUGUUUCCUUGCCCAGUGGUGUUAUAUAUACAUGUAUAUAGGUAAAAAUUUUGCCAAAGUCCUUUGAUGUUAUACUAAAUUGGUAUUGGGACUUGUUUAUGCAAUAUCUAGUCAAUACUUGUUACCACCGCACAAUGCUGCCUGCCAAAACACAAACAAACUAUAUAUACUUACAUUUUAGUCAUACAUACCAUUGCUAGUCAUUCCUUUACCCAUAUUCUUGUCUCUUUAUUUUGCUUGGUUUCAAAGUCCCACUGAAGCUUAAUUGGUCAUUGACAAAAUGACUUUGUUUGUUAUACAUGUAUUCAGCUUUUAAAAUGCCAUACAAUCAGUGAAAAGGUAUUAAAUGCAUUAAGUCAUGUUUUAACAUUAUUUUAACUUCUAUUUUUAAAAAUAUUUUUAUCACAUUUUUCUAGUCAUGAUAAGAAGUUGUUUUGUUUUUAAGGGGGGUGGGGGGAGGAACAGCUCAAUCAGCAUUUUUUUAAACCAAUCAAAUUAGCCAAUUUCAGCAUUUAGAAUUGUAUUUGUCAGUUCACUAUGUGGUGCUGUUCAAAAUGUUCCAUUUGUAUUUUUAUAUAUAUAUAAUUACUAUAUUUUAAUUGUUAAUAUGUUUACUGUUGUAUUACUAUAAAUAUGAUCACUGAUCUAUUUUUUCUCUAAAUUAUGGUUAUAAAUAUGUACAUUAGUUGUUGUAUACAAUAAAAUGUGGUCAGAUUUUAAUUUUCAUUCACAAAACUGUUAGAUAUCAUCACAUGAUGUGUCUUAUGCAUGACUAAAGUGGAUUGCAACAAGUUCAAGGUCACUUGUAAAGGUUAAUAUAGGAGUUAUUUUAUAUGUUGUUUUCAGAUUUUGUUAGUGUGCAUGUUAGUGAGUCAUCAUUGUGUUCAUAUCAUUUAGCAAGGCCAUACCAAACUCCUCACACUAAUUACCUCCCUUGGCAGAAUUGUAAUCACUGCCUUCACAUGAUGAUGGAAGUCACAUGACGUAAUGUCGAAAUUCAAAUGUAAAUAUCGACCGUUACAUAGAAAAUCUAACAUCAUUUUUCUCUUUCUGUUUUAUUUUUAACUUUUUGUACCUUCGUCCAUUAUAUUUUAUCAAAAAAUUAUCAAAAGUGUACAAAAUAAUGAAAAAUAAAUUAAAAAGCUAAAAAAGAUAAAUAUCCAAAUAUUGAUAUUUCAAUGUUUGUGAUGGCAGAGAUCUCUGUACUUAUAAGGGGAGAUCACUGCGUAGGAGAUUGAGGCCAUAUAUGUUCUUCUGUCAUAGUUCUAUCUCAAAAUAGUGUGAACAUGCUCCAUUUUGGGUGCAUUAAUAUUUGCAGAAGCACAGGGAUGAAUUUUUAAAGCGCAAACCUGUAGGUUUAGAGAUUAUUAUAUCUCUUAGCGCUUCUAAGUUGUUAAUGCACGAAAAAAAAGAUGCAUUAGUGCUGUUCUUGCAUAGAAAUUUGCAUUUAAUUUGGUAAUUUCGCAUUUUGUUAUUUGUUUUGCACAUAUACAUGUAAAGAAACCAGCUUCGUCAUGCUUUUCGUAUGCUAGAACAAUGUCAUUUGACUAUGAUGUUUUGAUAAUGAAACUACUGGGGCUAUUAUUUUACUACCCUGUUUUUACAUGGAGGCCCCGUGUCAUGCAUAUUUAAAAAAUCUGCAACAAUGGCCAGUACUCUCAUGAUGCUUUUAAGAAAUUUCUUCUCUGUUAAUGUACAGCUGCAUGCACACUUUUUAUGCAAGAAUAUAUAAUAAAAUUAUUAUGCUUAAACUUGAUUAAAUUGUGGCCUGUAUGUAAAUAAUUCCAAUUUUAUAUUUUAAAUUUAAGCAAUUAAGGCCUGUUAUGGCAUUCUUGCCCAAUGUUUUAUCUUCUGUUUUAUUUUUAAAAGGUAUGUAAUUAUGAAUAUUUAUGUUUUAUAACUACUUAUAAUGUUUUGACAAUAUUUUUUAUGUUUUAGAUAUUUAUCCUAAGGUGAUAUCAAAAAUCAUAUUGUUGUUAAAUAUCUUAUCUAAAUAUUGUGCCUUUUGAUAUCAAAUUUUUUU